UUGGAGCUUUUGUCCGAUGUGAACUACAUUUCCCAAAGAAUCGCGGCUCUGUGUUGACGUUGGCGAACAACCUAGGUCCGCCAUACCACAAUAACUAUCUGCCUGCUUGCAAACAGCUGCAUCAUCGUAUGGCACAACACAAAGACAACUGAAAUAAUGUCAGAUACGGGAAGUGAUACAGAGUCGUCCUGUGGCUGGAGCAUCAUCAGUUUUGAGGGUUCCUCCGACAUAGAGACUUUAGUGUCAGAGGCGGUUGAACAACAUGGAGACAAUCCUGUCGAGGGCCUUCCUGUGGUGAAAGCAGAACUGCAGGACUCUCUCGCCUCAGCUUCUGCUUCUGAAUACAAUGAAGACAAACUCGAUGGCUCACUCGAUGACACAGUAGAACAAACUAUAGAUGAAACACUGUACGCUUCAGAGACUGUAGUUGACGCUGCAGUGGAGGAACAUGGCACUGUGUUGUCCUCCAGCGACCACUCCGACAUUGUGACGCUACAGUGUAUAGAAGAGGAGGCGGCGGUGAAGGCUGCCAAUGAGGAAUCUUAUCUGGGGAUGUCGUGCAGCAGCCAGUAUUCUUUCACAGCUUCAGAGCCUGCUUUCCCAGCUCAACCUCCGCCCGCUAACACAAUCUCCAGCAGCAGCAGUGAGGACGAAGAGGAUCAGUGUACGUUGGUGCGAAGACUCAGGCUGAGGAAGAAUGCGACUAGCAUGGCCGAGUCCUUUGAGGAAGAGGAAACAACAGUGGAGUCGGGUCGUAGCGAAGAGGAAGAGGAGGUCGAAGAGGCAAAACAGGUGGCCAAGCAAAGUGAAAGUAGAACUGCGGCACUGCAAAGCCAGGGCAGUGGGACGCUCAACACGUGCAUCCUGCUCGCCCUCGUCAUAGCCAUCAGCAUGGGCCUUGGGCACUUCUAUGGCAGCGUGCAAGAGAAGCUAAAGACAGCAGACAGACUUAAUGACAUGGACAGUGUGAGGGAUGUGCUUCAAUAUCAUGUCAAGAGCACAAACCUUGGCCUGGACGACUUGGAUGAUCAGAAUGUCAUUUCAUUGCUGGCGAACGUUGUCGAGAAGAUAAGCAAAGACAACAAAGACCUCAGCAUCCAACGGAGACAUGUUAAGGCCCAGCGAGAUGGCUUGGCAAUGUUACUGAGACAGAAGGAGGAGAAGAGCAACAUUUUGACAGCCACUAACCAGCAGCUGAAGAGCUCCUUACAGCGGGAAGAAAAGACCCUUUCCAGCCUACGAGAGGAGCUGAGCAGCCUGCGCUCCAGAGUACAAGAUCUCGAGGCAAAGGGAGCCGGCGCUGACUCGCUGCUGUCUGAAAACCAGAGACUGAAGGACGAGCUGGAAGGGGAGAAAGAGCUGGUCCGAAACUUUCAAAGCAACAUGGUGGGGAUUGUGGCGGAGGAACUGGCGCUGAAAAACAAACUGAAGAAGGAGAGGAAGCUUACAGAGAAACUGCGCAGGAAAAUCAGUGAGCUGAGGAGCAGCAGUGAAUUGGGAAAAGCAGGAGACGCGGAGGCCGUGGAACUUCAGUCCCGCCUGAAGGAAGCAGAGAAAAAGCUGGGCUUUGAGCAGCAGCGCUCUGACCUCUGGGAGAGGCUCUACCUGGAAACCAAGGAAGGCCAGGCCAAAGGAGACUCAGAACCUACAGUAACGAGGCCAAAACUGGUCAUAUCAAAGAAAGUGAAAGAGACUUUUGAUGCGGUCAAGAACUCCACCAAGAAGUUUGUACAUCACCACAAAGAGCAGCUGAAGAAAGCCAAGGAAGCUGUGAAGGAAAACCUGCGCAAAAUCUCAGAUUCUGUCAAAUCUACUUUUCGUCACUUCAAGGAUUCUGCCUCGACCUUCAUCAACAAGGCCAAAGCAUUCUAUGAGUGCAACAAGAAUAAAAAGUGUCAACACAAACACGACCACAGCAACCAAAAUACGCGGAAACAAGGUGACCGUGUUCACAAAGAGCGAGGCGGCCAGAAUGCCAACCUGAAAGGAUGCCAAGGAGUGCUUGACUGUGCCUACCAGGAGUCCAUGGGCCUCUUUAACAUGCCCACUGAGCCCAUACGAGCGGACGAAUUCCACCAGCUUCUCUGGAGCUACUUGCAGCAGGAAGUGGACCACUUCCACCACUGGGAGGAGCUGGGGAGCUUCAUCAACAACUUCUUUCACAACGGGUACUUUAUCCACGAUCGCAUGCGCUUCACUGACUUUGUCAGCAAGUUGGAGGCCUACCUGGUGGACUCACAUGAAUACCACGGGCUUGACGACGUCUUUGGAAACCUUGAUGACUUCAUUUACAGACACUUCUUUGGAGAGGGUUAUAUUGAGAACUACGGGCCCAGCGGGCCGCUUGAACGACCAGACUCCAGAGAGGAGUCGAAGGCGACCCACCAAGCUCGUAAGCAGCAGAGAGACCGAGCUCGGCCCCACAGCGAGCGCAAGUGGAGCAGGACGGGCAAAAACGGACACAUGGCUGAUGUCAAAAUAGAACUGGGCCCUAUGCCGUUUGACCCCAAAUACUAACAACAAGAGUACACAGGUUUGGUUUGAAAAUGACAACUGUUAAGUCCUUUUCUUGUUUGUCAGUUUUCAUGUUUGUUUUGAUGCUACUGAAUGUCCUUUUGCUGGUGUCCGUUUGACGAUGGAAUCUCGAUUGUGGUUUUGCUAUUUAUAUAAUGAGUACUUCUGUUUAAAGCCAUUGAACUACAAAACAUAUUGCUGUAAAGGUAGUGAGGGCAAUUUGAUUUGAACUUUUAAACCCAUUGAGUGCUGACAAAAUUAUGUAGUGAUUUAACCUUUGACCCCAAACUACCUCAAGCAUCUACCAUUCAAAAUAAACAGGGUUUGUUCACUAAUCAUGGAGCAACCAACCAUGAUUUCCAUUGAAAUUGCACAUAAUUGGCCCUAGUGUGUGAAUGUUAGUGUGAAUGUUGUCUACCUGUUGGCCCUGCGAUGAGGUGGCGACUUCUCCAUGGUGUACCCCACCUUCAGCCCGAAUGCAGCUGGGAUAGGCUCCAGCACCCCCGCAACCGAGAGGGACAAGUAGUAAAAAAUGGAUGACACGAUGCUGAGAGAGGCUGUCUGUGAGCCAAAAUGUACAUCACAGCAUAUAACAAUCCCCAUAUACCAGAGGUGACAAAACUUUUUCAAGGAAGAGCAUCAUACAGAAAGAUUAAGGGAAUGUGACGGCCCACUUUGAUACAUUUGUUGCAUUAAAUGCUAAAACUAGGAGUGAUGAGAUCUGUCAGCUCAAAACGUGACAAUAUUUUAAGAAAAUCUGUCCCACAGACAAAACAAUCACAAAUUGUUCAUUCGCUAAAACCGACUCAGUCUUAGCCUUUAAGUGUAAUAUGUAAUAAUCCAUCUUAUUUUAGAAAAUCAUUUUUUAAUGUGGCAAAGGCCAAAAAAACAAAAUAUCCCUGGGCUGUACUUUUACACCCGUGACAUAUGCAAUGCAAACAUGCCCGCUCGGGGGUGCUAGAAGAACAUUAGAGUUAUUUGAUCAGAGCUGUGGUGUGCUGGCAAUACCAUGAUAUUGCUUUGUUAUUGUGUCAAUGAUCUUUCCUACUGAGUAAGUGUUUCUAAAAAUAUUAGAUCAACGAUGAGGCACAUUUUGAAUGACUAUUAUUGACAAUGCUAUUGCACACUUUGAAAGUUGAACACUGCAAUCUUUAUAAUUGGUGACAAGUACAAUGUUCAUCUUGACGCCAGAUAGCUUGAAGCCUCUUGUAACAUUUGUAACAACUGAACUGAGACGUAGCCUUAGCCCAGGACAAACAAUUUUAACCAGGAAUGUAUAUUUUACUUUUGGCAGCACAAGCGGGUGUGGAAAGUCAAAAACAAAACAGGGAGGCGUUGCCCAGUGUGUUUUAUAGAAUUGUCAGCUUCUUUAAGCUUGUGUGAGGUGUGAUGCUGUUCUAACAUUCCACCUCUUGUUUUUGUUUCAUCUCAACUGGAACAUUUUUGUUUUUUUAUUAGUGAUUUAGGGAGGGGAAAUUUUUUUU